UCGGGCCCCAGGAGUUGGCAGGGUCUGCGCAGGGGUCGGGUGGGUGGGGCCGACACUUUCAAUUAAUGCAGCUAUUUGAUAAGAACAGCGGUGCGGGAGGCUGGCCGUCUUUAUGGGGGCGAAGGAGAAGGGGCGCGGGAGUCGCUGCGGGAGAGUUACCGUAUUUGCGUGGGGCAGCGCAGACUCUAGAGGAAAGAGCCACCGUGGAGACUGGAGGAACAGGGGCGCAGCCUGGGCUGGGCUGGUGAUUGCAGCUGGAAGUACCCAUGACCGAGCUGGCGUCCUCCGGGGGCGGGUCCCCUGCGGGGGACGGGGAGGAGGGCCUGGGGGACGAGCGAGGCUUGGUAAUCCACCACCCCCCGGAGGAGCAGCCCCACCGCUGCCCGCUGUGCGGCCAGACCUUCUCGCAGCAGCCCAGCCUGGUGCGGCACCAGAAGGCGCACGCCGGGGCGGGCCGCGCGGCCGCCUUCGUGUGCCCCGAGUGCGGCAAGGCCUUCAGCGUCAAGCACAAUCUCGAGGUGCACCAGCGCACGCACACCGGCGAGCGCCCCUUCCCCUGUCCGGAGUGCGGACGCUGCUUCAGCCUCAAGCAGAACCUACUCACGCACCAGCGCAUCCACAGCGGCGAGAAGCCGCACCAGUGCGCGCAGUGCGGCCGCUGCUUCCGCGAGCCGCGCUUCCUGCUCAACCACCAGCGCACGCACGCGCGCCUGCCCGCGCCGCACCCGCGCCGCCCCGGCGUGUUCGGGGAGCGGCGGCCCUACUUCUGCGCCCGCUGCGGCAAGAGCUUCGCGCGCGAGGGCUCGCUCAAGACCCACCAGCGCAGCCAUGGCCACGGGCCCGACGGCCAGGCGGCCCAUUUAGGCCGCGUGCUAUGAUGCGCGCCGGGCCUGCCGGCUGUUUCCUGCCCCAGAGCCGCAUCCGUGACCCCCGGAGACGGCGCUGGGCCGCGGCGCCCACUCUGGAUGGGAUCUCGGGACACGGGGAGGGCUGGCUUGGGGUCUUGAAGGAGUGGGCCCCUGCCAGGCCUGGGCUGCCUCCUUCCGCUCCUCCCCCAGGACCCUCCGGCUGGCUGCACACGGCUGCGUUGGGUCCCUGUGUUGGUUUUCCUCCUCAGGCUCACCCGGCCUAGAGCAGGUGAGACCCGAGGGCCAGUAGGCGCCCCUCUCAGGCUGGGGGGAGGAUGUGAUUUUUGAUGUCGGGUGGGGACAGGUGGGGGAGGUGGGACAUACUGGGCUUGCAGGUCUCUCUCUGACUAUCUUCUUACCAGAUCUUCAUUCCCAGAACGUCAGAGUUGAAAGCGACCUGGAGAGGGCCACUCUCCACAAUCCCCAGGCCCGCCCCCAGCCCCCAAGGUCUCCUGGCUCCAGCGCUUACUAUCUGGUGUCCUUGGGAAGUUAUUUCACUUCUUGACUCAGUUGCUCACCUGUAAGUUGAGGCCAAAGAUGAGGGACUUCUCCUCCCUGGGGUAUUGUGAGGAUCGUAAUUACCGUUACUAGAUAGAGAGGGUGACGCCACUGGUCCGGAAACAGUGAGCGCCCCUGUGUGCCAGGCACUGUGCUGGGCUGGGCUCCCGGGAGGAGGCACAGACACAGGGCCCUGUCUGUGCCUGAGGUGCAUGCCGGUGCUCACACAGGGUGAUGCAGGCUUCGGUGGGGGACAGAUGUAAAGCGCUCUUGGGGUAGGUGACAAGUGUCACCCAAGGCAGUUCCAUGGUUUGAGCCGGGUCCUCGGAACGAUGGAGGUGCCCUAGGGAGAGCAAGGUGUGGAAGGCGGCUUCUGAGGCGGGGUCGGAUAGUGGAGGCUCAUAUUUGCCCUGCAAAGGACGCUGUGGCCAGGGACAGGGGACACCGAUGUUUAAUGAGAAGGGCACAGUGAUGUCGACGAGCAGUUCCAGGAGAACUGAAGGCACUGUGGGGACAGAUGGAAGUGGGACAGGCAGGAGCCUCGAGGGUCUUGGGGUCAUCCAGGCAAGAGAAAAUGAGGCCCCCUGCUGAGAGCCUUGACCAAGGUCGUGCUGUGAGAAGGGAGAGCUGGGACUUGCCCGCGGGGCCUCUGACUCCAUGGUGGCGCUCUGAGGCAUGGGCUUCCUCAGCCAUUUGGCAGAGGAGGAAACCGAAGCUUCCACAAGCCUGCCCGAAAUCACACUUAGCACUUGGUAUACAGUGGUGCAAGCCUUGGCCUCGCUUUGGGUUCUGGACCCCAAGACCCUUCCUCUCUACUGAAUCGCCUUUAAGAGAGGCUCUUACUGGUGGGAAAAUGAGCUUUGAGGAUGUGGGAAUGUGACCAGGGAUCACGUGGUAGGAGCCUGGGCAGGGGCGUCACUGGGUGGUGUGGGUGCCAGGAGGGGACCUGGUGUCCCCAGUAGUGGGUUGGGAGGAAGGACACUGGGACUUGGAGGAGACAUGCCCUCACAGAGUCCUGGCUCCAUGGCUAGUCUUAUGCUGGGUGCUGCAGACCCCGCCCCGCCCUCUGCCAUUCCUCAGAGCUUUGCGGCUCCUCUGGGAUCAAUUGCCCUCUGCCUGUUGCCCCUAGGAUCCUGUAAUGCGGACUAAUAUUUAGUGACAGAGAUCGAGGGAUUAAACUGGGACCUGGGACAUCUGGAGCCAGUCACCAAAAUACCCUGAACCCAAGUUGUCUCAUCUGUAAAUGGGAUUAGUAAUCCUUGAGUGCUUGGUAGGGGGCUAAGAGGACUGGCUCAAAGUCCUGGACAGACACAGGGUGCCCCAGCUGAUUGCUCCCUCCUAGCCCCAGAGGGGUGGCUGAGGAGUGGCUGGGCAGGGCCGCGUCACAGCCCCAGACCUGACCCUGGUCUCUGUCUCUGAACAGAUGCGGAGUGGGCAGGACCUCUGGGCAGUGUGCAAGGCACCUCUGGGCACAGAGACUGGGAAUGGGACCCCAUGGGGCCCUCACCCCAGCAUGAGGACACUCCUAAGAAGACCUACCUCGGGAGGUGCCCUGCAGUGACGGCAGAAGGGACCAAUGGAGCCCGGAGUUGGAGGCCGGUUCUGUGCCCUGGUGGACAAACUCCCCAAACCUGUUGGGAGUCACAGCUGGGGAAGAGCUCGUCCUGGCCGCCUGGCCGCAGACCUUGACUCUCAUGUGGCAACAGGGAUGGUGCCUGUGUGGACAGCCUGCUUCUCUGCUCUUGCCUGGCCCACCAGAGACAGGAAGUGACUGGUCUAAGAGAACACAGCCCGUCGGUAGCAGACCUGGCUCUAGAGACAGAACCUUCCCCCGGGUGUGAGCCGUACUUGCAGGCUUCACUUUCUGUUCAGGGCAGUUGUUCUUAGCACUUCUGGGGGCCUGAAGCCCUUUGAAAGUCUGACAAAGGUUAUGAACCUUCUCCCCAGGAAAACACACAUAUUGUGUAGACCAAGAAUCUACAAGCAAUGCCAGGGGCUCCUGGACUCCAGGCCGAGAACCUCGGCCCUGGGACCUAACCCGUCGCUCUCCUUACCUGAUGCAGAGCCCCGGGUUGGGGCCACCAUACAAGUAGCAUUCUCUCUCCCCCCCUGCCGAUCCUUCCUCCCUUGUUCAGGAAUAAAGAAUUCUGCGGAGGGG